AUGCAUGUUCUUGCUUUCUGUCCUAUUGCAGCACAAUGUUGGGAGAAAGCUGUUAUUAUCACACCAGUGCAGCAAGAAACCAGUUUCUUGGACUGGUGCGUGACUGUGUUCAGCACAGUAAGCACAGAAACCUGGAGGCUAUUUUGCAUUUUAUGUUGCGCAAUUUGGGGUGCAAGGAAUGACAAAGUUUGGAAGAACAAAGCCUAUAAUGCCUCCUUUAUUUUUGCAUUUUCCACUUGUUAUCUUGAUCAAUGGAAUUCGGCUCAAGCUCCUUACUUGGAGACAUCACGGACAUGCUUAGUGGCCAGGGAUGGAUUAGACCGAUGGUGUGCACCUAAUGUUAACGAAAUCAAGGUUAAUGUGGAUGCAUCAAUAUUUGGGAGUAGCCAAGACUAUGGUUAUGGAAUUGUGGCUAGAGAUGAACAUGGCUUUAUGUUGCAAGGUGUCUCUCGGCUUUGUCAUGGAAGUGUACGUUCGGAGAUAGCUGAGGCAAUUGGAGUUCGUGAGGCCCUGAGCUGGAUAAAAGACAAACAAUGGUCGCAUGUGAUUUUAGAGACAGAUUGUUUAGUGGUGGUACAAGCAAUUCGUAAUCCAAUUCAUAUGAUCUUUUUAUUUGGUGAUGUUAUUAAAGAGUGUCAAAACUUGCUUGUAAGUUUAAGUGGUGUUACUAUUUCUUUUGUGAAACGGUCAGCAAAUUUAGUAGCUCAUGCGAUUGCUAAAGCUGCUACUUCGUAUCCUGAUCGUAUUUUCAGUAUGGGAGAUGUCCCAACUGAAUUGCUUCUGUGUUUGGUUGCUGAAUUUGAAAGUUAA